UCUUCCAAAGGAAAAUCAAUCCCAGAUGUGUUUCUGCUCUUUGGACGUUUGUUUCCCUCUAACUGCCACCAGGAGGCUUCUCAUCCGUUACUGAAAUAUGUUCUUGUGCAACUUCCCCAGAAACGCCAUCCCUGCAGAGAGGCAGGCAGACCCCUGGAAGCCAGCAUGCAGAAACAGACUGGAAAUACUGGUUCUUCAGCGUCAGGGCUGGGCCUAAUGCUGCUUAUAGGUGCAGUGCUGGUGGAAGCGGCGGAGAACAUGGAGGGAAACACCACAGCCUCUGAGGACUCAGUCCCUCACAUUGCUCUGGUGGCUUCUGGUGGAGGUCAGAGGGCAGCGGUGGCUCUGCUGGGCUUCCUCUACCAGCUGGAACAGGAAGCCCUGCUGGACACUCUGCUUUACCUGGGAGGAGUUUCUGGAUCGACAUGGUCAAUGGCCUCGCUCUACAGUGACCCCCAGUGGAGCUCCAACAUGGAUGAAGCCGUGUCCAGGCUGUCGGGUCCCGGCGUGCAGCUGGAGGAGGCUCUGGCCUGGUUGGCUGAGACCUCAAAGGAGGAGCACUUCUCCCUCUCUGACAUCUGGGGAGUCCUAACCUCUGCCGGUAUCAUGAAACAGAUGGAUCUACGCCUUCUGUCAGAGGAGGCCAGCAGGAACGCCAGCAACCCUUACCCCAUCUACUGCGCCAUCGAGAAACACUGCUUCUCCAACGGGCCGCUGGGAGGGAAAUGGUUCGAGGUGAGUCCCCAUGAGGCCGGAUUCACCGAGCUAGAGCUCUUCGUUCACACGCCCCUGUUGGGGAGCAAGUUCCAGAAUGGGGAGCUGAUAGAGAAGAAAGCAGAGAUGGACAUGGUCAGACUCCAAGGGAUUUUAGGCUGUGCUCUGGCUCAUGAGGAACCUGUCAUGGAAGUCCUCCCUCCCUGGCUGAACGUGCCUGUAGAAGGCGCCGUCCAGGAAUAUCUUCUCAUGUACAGCGUGCUCCAUCACCUGAUAAGUCUCACCUCGAGCUCCAUUAAGGAUCCCAGCGCCCUGCGUGAACUGGAGACGCUGCAGAAAACCCUGCAUGACAAGGUGAACCAUGACCGGUCCGUUCUGCUGGAGUCUCUGAGUCCAGAGGAGAGGACACGUCUGUUUCAGCGCUGGAGUCUGGAGCUGGUGGAAGCCGUUGAGAGUUGGAGCCAAAGUCUGGAGGAAGGAGCUUUCAGAACAUCCAUUUCCUUCCUCACAAAGCAACUGGUGCCUCUUAUUCUGAAGUGGGAGUGGGGAACAACCAGCAACUUCCUCUAUCAGUUCCAGAACGCUUCCGUUCCUGAUUGCCUCCAGUCCAAAGAACAAGUUCACCUGAUCGACGCCGGGCUGCUGAUCAACAUGGCCUACCCAUCCUUUCUAGGAGACAAGAGGGACAUCGACCUCAUGAUUGCUCCAGAGUCCAGCGCUGGAAACAUGUUUGAGACUCUGACUCUGGCCAGAGACUACGCAGCUGAGGUGAACAAGCCCUUUCCACAGAUCGGUGAUGAGAUCCUGGAGGACAGGGACUGGCCAAAGGACUGCUAUGUGUUCCAGGGAAAAGGAAAGGAGCCCACCAUCGUCUACAUGCCGCUUUUCAACAGACAGAACUGCAGAGAUGCAGAAGAAUACCAAGCCAGGAUGAAGGAGUUCUCCACUUUCCAGCGUCCCUUCAGCCAGGAGAAGGUUGACUUUUUGUUGAACACGGCCAAAACCAAUGUGAAGAACAACAGGGAGGUUCUGCUGAGAGAGAUCCGCAGAGCGGCCCUUCGCCGGGCGGAGGCAUAGAAAGUCUUUCCUCUGAGAGAGAUUUCAUUAUGUCUGAGACUGGAAACACUCCAGAUUAAACAACUGAGCUAAUUAAUAUGAUGCUAUAGAAUAAAAUAUCUUUUAAGUAACAAAGCUUCCCUGUAAAGAAACUAGUUAUUUUAGCGUGUAACUGAAUUCCUUUUCUAUUAAUAGUCAAACGAUAAUCUCUGAAAAUGGUUCAUUUAUUCAGUUCAUUCUAUCUAGCCCUGCUGUAGUUACUCUGCUGCCCCCCAGGGGGCACACCUCACACUUUGAGCUGUGUCUGUUUCCUCUUAGUUUUUAGGUUGUUGGUGUUUUAUGAUUUAAAAUGAAUCAUUCAAAUCUGAGUUUCUUUAUUUCAUCAUUAUGUAUUCAGUUCAGUUUGUAAUACUUUGAGAUUCUUACACAUACUUAUGAUUCUGUG